CUAUUUGGAUAUCCAUUGACCGUCCUUCAAAAUAAAAAGAUGUCCGACGAUCAUGAUCACACCUUCGAGAGUGCCGGUGCCGGUGCCUCCUUGACCUACCCCCUCCAGUGUUCUGCCUUGAGAAAGGGUGGACACGUUGUUAUCAAGGGUCGUCCCUGCAAGAUUGUCGACAUGUCUACAUCAAAGACUGGUAAGCACGGACACGCCAAGGUUCACUUGGUUGCCAUUGAUAUCUUCACCCAAAAGAAGCUUGAAGAUCUCUCUCCCUCUACCCACAACAUGGAUGUUCCCAACGUUACCCGUAUGGAAUACCAGCUCAUCAACGUCGAUGAUGGCUUCUUGAACUUGAUGACUGCCGAUGGUACCUCCAAGGAUGAUGUCAAGGUCCCCUCUGGUGAUAUCGGUGCCGCUUUGGAAGCUGACUUUGAGGAGGGCAAGGAUUUGUUGGUCUCAGUUGUGUCCGCUAUGGGUGAAGAGCAAGCCUUGUCUUACAAGGAAGCCCCCAAAUCUUAAGUGUAAAAAUCAAAAUCAAAAUCAAAAACAAAAUAGAAAAAGUUUGAGUGUUAGUAAUAUUAUAAUUUCUUUCUCUCUUUUUUGUUUUCUUUUUUCUUCUUCUUUUUUUUCACUCUUAUCAGUCUAUCUAUUUUCUUUUAUUAUAUAUAUAAAUUGAAAUUUGAAAUUUGAAACAAG